UUUCAAUGAUAAAGUCUAUCAAUAAUGAUGAAUGAACCAGCUGGAGCGAGGCGACCAGCCAGGGCCAGAAGGCUAAGAAGACAAGUACCAGCCGCGGCAGGUUCAGCUGAUCAGGCAGCUCAGCAGGACGCUUUAGAAGCUGAACAGGCGGCUCAGCAGGACGCUUCAGAUACCUUACAGCCGCAGCUAGUAGCAGCUGUAACGGAGCAAGUCCUAAAGGCAAUCCGCGAACAGUCGGCUGGUGGUCAAUCUGGGGAGGAAAGAGGACGUGAACGCCAAAGAAGCUCGAGAGGAAGGAAACGUAGAAGACGGUCCUCUUCAGGUAGCAUGUUAGACUCUAGUUCAGAUCGAGAUAAGUCGGAUAAUGACUCAGAGGACAGCUCAUCCAGUGAGGAGAGUGAUUCAGAUGAUGAGCAACAGCUCUUAUCAACUCCAAUUUCUUCUCAAGUCGAUAGUAAACUCAAAAACAAACUAGAUGCUGUCAUGAGACA